AGAUGUCAGAAACUGAGCUGGAAAACAUAAAAGUAAGAGCAGCUGAGCAUUUUGAAAAGGAUAAAAAUAAUAUUUCUUGGUUGAAGGAAGAUAUGCAACUCACAAAUGAAAAACAUGCAGAAGAGAAACCCAUUAAUGCUAUCGUUAUAAAUUCAGGAUCCGAAUUCAACAUCACAGAUGGACCAGCCAAGGAAACUUCCACUGAGAAAAAACUGUCAGAAUCCACCACAUCACUGUCCUCCCUUGAAGAAUGUCAAACGAAAUUUUCUUACCUCCAAACCGAUGCUUCAGUUCAUCAGAGAGACACUGAUGAGGAGUGCGCCUCCCUCAUCCUCACCUGCCUCUUUUGCCAGUUUUGGGAUUGUCUCCUGAUGCUCCCGGACACGUGUGAGACGGUGUGCACCAACGCGUGCUGCCCCUCCUACCGGUACCACCACACCUCGGAUGAAGGCCACUCCCGGAACGACUGCAACUGCAACUGUGACAUGGACUGCAGCCUGUUUGAAUCUUGUCACGAGACCGGCGAGUGUCUGGAGCUGGCCAUGGAGAUUUCAGAGAUCUGUUACCGCUAG